GGUUCAAAUGCGGAAGGUUUCAUUUUAAUGUCAGUUCUCUAAACUAACUAACUAAUAGACUCGUAUGGGAAGCCUCUAGAGAGGUGCAUCUCGGGGACAGUUUUAUCUCAUGGGGGAAUGUUUGAGUAAAACUUGCCCAUGUCUUAGGACAUGCUGGGACAGAAUAUGCGGAUCCUCAGCGGGCGAUGGAGAAAACAGCAUGAAACCUGACAGUGACUGUACGGGCGGAGUAGUACCUGGUAACACAGAUGAUCGUUACGCGCAGCCUCAGCCACAUCCACCUCAGCCUCCGAGUUCGCGCCCGAGUCCGAAGAGUGCUGUUUAUACUGCUCUAUGGGACUUUGAGGCACGCGACGAACAGGAGUUGUCGUUCAAAUCUGGUGAUAUGUUCGAGAUUGUCAACAACAAUUCCGGUGACUGGUGGACUGCGAAGAAAAUCGACUCCUUCGGCAGUGUAACCACCGGCUAUGUUCCGUUCAAUUAUAUGGCGCGAGCCGAAUCCGUAGAGUCUCAACCGUGGUUUUUUGGAAAGAUGAGCCGUUUUGAAGCAUUGAGUCACCUCAUGUUUUCAGGAAAUGAUAAUGGAUCCUUCCUUGUACGAAUCAGUGAGUCUGACAGCACAGGCUUUGUGAUCUCAGUGAAGACACAGGACAAUGCAAAGCACUUCAAGAUCUACCAGUCUGGUGGAAAGUUCUAUGUGGAUCCAUCUCCUACAUUCGCCAGUGUAUUAGAGGUGGUUGAAUAUUAUAAAACUCACCCAUUCACCACUUCAGACCAACUGAAGCGACCCUGUAUUCGGAAAAAGCCCCGGCCUGAGAAUCUGCCACCCUCCACAGUCGAUGAAUGGGAAGUGCCUAAAGAACAACUUAAAUUAGUGAAGCUGCUGGGUAGUGGCCACUUUUCUGAAGUUUACAGCGGCAUGUGGAAGAAUCACACUAAAGUGGCCAUCAAAAUCCUCAAGAACAAUGAUUCACUAAAUCAGAAGGACUUUCAGUUGGAGGUGCAGAUCAUGAAGCGUCUGCGUCAUAGGCACCUGAUUUCUCUCUUUGCCGUCUGCUCUUCCUCGGCCCCGUUUUACAUCAUCACUGAACUAAUAGAGAAGGGCGAUCUGCUUAAAUUCCUCAGAAGUCAAGAGGGUAUGGCAUUGAACAUGGAGUCCCUGAUCGACAUGGCAACUCAAGUAGCAGAUGGGAUGGUAUAUUUAGAGGCACAUAACAGUAUUCAUAGAGACCUUGCUGCAAGAAAUGUCCUAGUCGGAGAGGGAAACGUCUGCAAAAUUGGUGAUUUUGGCCUAGCUCGAGUCAUUAAGGAGCCUGUUUAUAUAUGUGAUGACAAGAAAAUACCAUUUAAAUGGACCGCACCUGAGGCUAUCGGUCAUGGCCGUUACUCAACUAAAUCUGAUGUUUGGUCAUUUGGGAUUCUCCUUUAUGAGAUUGUCACACAUGGAGCCAUCCCUUACCCAGGUGUUCAAAAUGCUGAGGUGUAUGAUCUCGUCACAAAAAAACACUAUAGAAUGCCUUCACCAGCCAAAUGUCCACAGAUCAUUUAUGACAUCAUGCGAUCUUGCUGGAGAGCAGAGCCAGAGGACCGUCCCACUUUUGAGGAUCUGAAGCUUGAUCUAAACAACUAUCAAGACAGCGUCUGUGGUUACUCGGGCAAACUGCACAGUUAGGUUCCACUCCUUGCAAACAUCCUGAGGCCAAGACUGGCCAUGAACAAUUGCAACAGACAGAUGUUACGUAAAAUCAUCUUUGAAUUAUCCUUGAUGGAUUGGAUGGACUGUAGAUUAGUUUUCAGAUGAGGAAGAUGUGCACAUGAAUCACUUUUUGGGAGUGCUAAGGGCAAAUAAUGAUGUAUUUGUGUUCAGACUUAGAGCAGAAAUUACUGACUGAGUUUAAUGAGACAGAUGCUGUAGUUGUUUUUUAUAUAUAUAUAUAUAUAUAUAUAAUAAAAAACCUUGUUCUUUGGUAGAUUAGACUGAACUGAUCACGAAAAGACCAUGAAACCAUUUUAAAUUUGUAAUCAACAAUCUGUUCUGGGGCAACUAUUAUUUUAUUUUUUUAUGUAUUGAAUGUAUGGUCCGUGUACAUUCGUUUUUCGAUUUGAUAUUGAAAGUAGAAAAAUGAGAAAACGGCUCAUUUAUUCUUUUUUCUUUUUUCCAAAAAAAAUGUAAAAAUGAGAAUUCGGCUUGAUUUUUAUAUUUUUAUGUUCAGGGAUAGAAAAAUGUGGGCGCACAUGAAACGCCCCUUUCUGCUGAUUGGUCAACCAUAGAUCAACGCUUUCCGUUCUUCCACAGUCCUCCGCUGCUGGACGGAUUCUUAAAGUGUUUAUUACAAAUAAAAACUCUCUAAUCCAACAACCGGACUGAUGCUUGACACAAAUCGCGCUGGGCAGGGCCUAGAAAGGGUUUUCUUCUCUAUAGGCAUGGAUUUGACAAUAUACACUAGAGAAAUAUUAGCUGAUUAUUUCAGAAAUAUUAUGUAGAUUAUCUCGCAUCUGCACCCACAUGACCCAUCAUUAGCUUCAAAGCUGGGUAACCCACUGGACAGCACGCAGACCAGUAUCCAUUUAAGUGUAAAUAUGCAGCAGUCAUAACUAUUAUUUUAGACUGCACAUUGAGUUUUGGACAAGGGAUGAAGCUUAAAUAUGAUAGAUAUGAAAAGAUAUAAAUUGCAUUAUUUAGUGUCAAUGUCACAGCGCAUCUAUUUAGGUUGUUAUUCUAUUUGUUUUUUUUUUUGUUUGUUUGUUUUUGUUGGUUUGUUUGUUUUUCAUAGCUUAUAACUUUUACAGCUUAUUAUGUUUACCUUUGCAAGGGCAAUUAUUCUAAUAUUCUUUUAAAUAUUGGCUAUUUGUCAUCUUUUAUACAAAAAUGGAAAUUUAAUCGACAAAUUCAAUUAGAAUAAUAAGACAAUAAGCUGUUACCAAUCAAAUUAAAUUAGUAUCUUUUUUUACAGUCUAUGGUAUCAACCAAAGAAGCUGCAUCUGAAUUCUGAACUGGCAUGUAGCCCUAUUAGCCUACUAUUAACUGUUAAAUGCUGCUCAGAGGAUUUACACAGUAAUUACAAUUACAUAGUAUUAUGAUAUUAACGUUUAAAAUAUAACAUUUUGAAUAGCCUUUUAAAUAUGAAAUUAAUGACAAAAUGAAACAAUACUUAGAUUAUGAGAGUAAGACCCCCAGUAGGUGGCAGCACGUAACUGUUUCUAGUCAGUCAGUGAGUCAUUCAUUCAACCGAUUCAACCGAUUUGGGACAUUGAAUCAUUGAAUCAAGAAACCCCUUUCUAGUCCCUGCUCAGCGUGAUUUGUGUUAAAGAAUCAGUCUAGCAGCGGAGGACUGUUAUUCUGUGGAAACUGUUAAAAACUGUGGAAGAGCUGAAAGUGUUGAUAUUUGGUUGACCAAUCAGGGGCCAAAGGGGCUUUUCAUGCGCACCCACACCAUUUUCCAUUUUUUAUCCCUGAACAUAAAAAUAUAAAAAUCAAGCCUAAUUCUCAUUUUUUAUUUUUAUUUUUUUGGAAAAAAGAAAAAAGAAUAAAUGAGCCGUUUUCUCAUUUUUCUAUACUUUCAAUAUCAAAUCAAAAAACGAAUGAACGCAACGUACACGGACCAAUAUAUGUAAUCUUGUUUUUUAUUUUUUUUCCUCUUCUCAAGCCUUUAAUUCAAAUGGAAAAAAAUCAAUAGAGAGGUAUAAUUACAUCACACAAGUGGAAUUAUACUAAUAAAUAUGAAGCUAUGAAUGUCAAAGAACAUGUACAAAAUGCUAUAAAACAACAAGACAUGAUGCUGUAUGUUGAUUUGAACACUUUAAAUUGUGCUGUACUGUCGUGAUAUACUUUAUUGUAUUUUAUAAUGCAUUGUAUUGUUAAUGUUUAUUGCUGUUCACCAAAACAAAUUACCAAAGAAAAAAAGCACAGACACACAAACAUGUUAGAGCUCCUUUGUUUAAAAAAAUUCUAAAUUACCUCAUGACAGGUACAAGGUACAGGUGUGUGUGUGUGUGUGUGUCUUAAUUGAGAUUAAUUGCGUAAGAAAACAAUGAUGGGAAAGGAUUGCGAUCAUCAUGCAAAUAUCUGCAAAUUCAAAGUUCUAAAAUAAUUUUGAUUUGUUUUGGCAGAUGUAAUACUCUAUAUUGAUGCAGCAGGUAGUAAUUGAUCACUGAGAAAUGUUCUAUUAAUUAAAAUGCAAAAAAAGUAUUAUUUUCAAGGUGAAAAGGAUUCAUUUGCCUUGAUCCACGCCGAAAAAAAACGUCAAAAUGUCACGUUUUAAUGAAGUAGCCAA